AUGAGAGAAAAAUACAACAGUAAGAUUCUAGUAUCAGGCGAGCGCUUUAGUUAUGUAGUGACUCACCCUGAAAACACUUUUGAUUUACAUAGUAGAAAAUUAAUGCCAACUAAGGGUGAAAAAAUGAAAUUCGCUGAUGUGAAAUACGAGCUAGCAUUCUCAAGUAGAAUUAUGCAAAUUGAAGAUUCAGAUGAGAAAUAUAAGCAGAUUGAUGAUUAUGCUCAAGUCAUAGCUUGA